AAGCAGUUUGCAGAGCAGUAUGCUUUGAACAAAAUGCUUCAAGAGGUUUCAGACUUUUUGAGGCUAUUAAUGUCUUCUGUUGCUUACUGUUUCCUUACCAGCUUUGUCUGUCUGUAGUGCUAGACAUGGAAACCAAGACUGCAUAUAUUUGGGAGAUGCUCCUGAGCUAUACAACUCAACCCUUAAGCAUCACUUUCUGAACCCAGGGCCUCACAUGCCAGAACUAUUUCCAGACACCCAGCCUCCUGCCAUGUCUGACCCCAUUACACUGAAUGUUGGGGGGAAGCUCUAUACAACCUCACUGGCAACUUUGACCAGCUUCCCUGAUUCUAUGCUGGGUGCCAUGUUCAGUGGGAAGAUGCCCACCAAGAGGGACAGCCAGGGUAACUGCUUCAUUGAUCGUGAUGGCAAAGUGUUCCGCUAUAUCCUCAACUUCCUGCGGACCUCUCACCUGGACCUGCCUGAGGACUUCCAGGAGAUGGGCCUGCUCCGCAGGGAAGCUGACUUCUACCAGGUACAACCCCUGAUUGAGGCCCUGCAGGAAAAGGAGAUAGAACUCUCCAAGGCAGAGAAGAAUGCCAUGCUUAACAUCACGCUGAAGCAGCGUGUGCAGACAGUCCACUUCACCGUGCGGGAGGCACCUCAGAUCUACAGCCUGUCAUCCUCCAGCAUGGAGGUGUUCAAUGCCAACAUCUUCAGCACAUCCUGCCUCUUCCUCAAACUCCUUGGCUCUAAGCUCUUCUACUGCUCCAAUGGCAAUCUCUCCUCCAUCACCAGCCACUUGCAGGACCCCAACCACCUGACUCUUGACUGGGUGGCCAAUGUGGAAGGCCUUCCAGAGGAAGAGUACACCAAGCAGAACCUCAAAAGGCUGUGGGUGGUGCCUGCCAACAAGCAGAUCAACAGUUUCCAGGUCUUUGUGGAGGAGGUGCUGAAAAUCGCUCUGAGUGACGGAUUCUGCAUUGAUUCCUCCCAUCCACAUGCUCUGGACUUCAUGAACAAUAAGAUCAUUCGGUUAAUACGGUACAGGUAAAAAGACCCUAGCCAUACUGGGGAAGAAGUCCCCAAAAGGCUCAUGUCAGCCAAGGCUUUGAGGAGAGUGUCUCACCAGUGGCACCAGACGGGACCUAUACUAAUCUGUAUUAAUUGCAUAGCAGGACUCGAUUCCCCAUGAUGAAGUCCACCUUCUGGAAUCCUCAUGUCCUCUAAACAGAACCACCUUUUCUUGGCAUUUUGAGCUGGUGAUGGGUAGUUUAUUAUGACAAGUUAAAAGUCAGCUGAUACAUACAAAAGGAGCCCACAGGAGAAUUAUCUGGCUGGGACAAAAGGGAGCAGUUUUCUCAUGGGUUAUCACCAUACCCAGAGUCAGUGUCUCACUUACCCAUCUCCAGAGAGAGCCCUGGCUGCUGAGGAGUAGGGUGGGAACAAGAGGCUCCUUUUUAGUUUCCUAGGAUGUAAGAUAUACAUCAUAUCCCAUCAUAACUGCUCUUUGUUCUGGAGGAUGUGUCCAGGUACCGGGACACCUUUGCCCAAAGGCAAUCAUGUUUGGGUGGUUCGGAAUGCAAUAUGCUCCCAGAACCCUUUGUGGCUCCACUCAGGGAGAAAGUUAAGCUGUCCCAUGGCCUAGGAGUGAGUAUCUAGACUUCAGCAGGAGGGAAUGAUCCUCCUGAAGAGGCUGAAUUGAAGGAUUCUUGGCUUCAGAAAGUGGUUGUUUUCCCUGCAAAGAUGUGAUCGUAUUGGAGCUAAGACAAAGAAGGACACGCCAUGAUCCAGCCUGUUGCUUGACUUGCAGAAUCCUUUUCCCUUGAAUUGGAAGCAUCACUGAAACCAGUCGGUUUAAACCAAUAUAUUAUAAACUCUCAGGGUUGUAAAAUAAUCCAGUAGUUUUUAGUUCUUCCACUUCCUCUGGGACACCCCAGUGCAUUUGGGGAUGAGUGCCUCUCCUUGAGUACCUCCAAGGGAUCACUUACGCCAGCCUGCAUACCCACUGAUGACAGAAAGCUCUCUGUUCCCAGGGCAGCUUCUGCCAAGAUUGAGCCAUGCUGGUUAUUAGAAAGUUCUUUCAGUAUUGACCCAAAAUCUGUCCUGCCCAUCCAUGUGCUAGGCCUUCCUUUUCACACAAAUGUUUGUCCUUGUUUUGACUAGACACUUUGACAAUAGCAUUACUCAGAACUCAAAUUCCCUCUGCCAUUUGUCUUUAGCAAAAUUAGCUCCUUUCUAUCCUUAAGCCAACUCUCUUGUAUAUGGCUUUGCCUUGUUCAUGGCCCCCAGUUCAACUUCCCCGCCAGCCAUGGCUCAGCACAAGUCUGACUAUUUCUGGCUGUAGAAGAUCAGCACCUGAGGAGAUGUAGUCCAGGAGUGCUCUGUACCCCACAGUGCCCCUAGAGUGAAUGCCCAGCCCCUAAUACUCCCUUAAGAAAGCAGCCUUCCCCGUCAUUCUGUCUGGGCCUGCCUGAGAUACAUUAAGGGCAAGAAACCCCAGACCAUUACUCCCCAACAGGCGAGGAGCCUUAUGGACCUCUAAACUGCACAUUAUGAUUCAUCCCUGGAAUGACUGUAGCUUUGAGAAUCCGAGUCCCACUGGAGCUGGGCUCCAGACACAGGCAGGGAAUCCUGGAACAGGAUCCACAGUGUACAGAGCAAAGAGCUUCCAGGGUUACACUGUGUAAAUGAGGAGAUUUCAUAGUUAUAGGCAAAACCUGAUCCUGAUGCAUUAAAGGCCUUUCUCUCCCCACAGCGGGACCCAGGAGUCUCCGUGGCUGUCUUGAGCCACUGCACCAGUGGUACUCUGGAAGGUUCUUCAGAGAACCAACCAAGACAACAGAAGCUGUGAUCAUGGCCAAAUAAAUCAAGGAAAAAAACCUCAGAAAUCAACACUGCCCUUUAUUUUUUUUUCCUCCAUAAAACUGCUUUCUCCGUCUUUUUGGUGCUUCCUAAUUCAGUAGCUUGACCUUAGAGCAAGUACAGAACCUGUGAAGCCACUAACACACUGUGUUACUGUGCAAGUCACUCGCCUCACUGAGCCACCUCCAUUUCUUCAUCUUCGAAAUGGGCAUAUAGUAAUACAUAACCCUACCUACCUCACAGGACUGUUGUGAGGAUCAAACAAAGUAAUGUAUGUGAAAAUAAACGAUAAAUGACAAUUA